CUUAGAUCAUAUUAUUGAGAUAAAUUAUAAUGGACAUUUUAAGGUUGUUCUUUUCAAAUGUAAAUGGGUUGAUACUACUCGAGAUAGAGGGUAUCAAAAAGAUCGUUGGAACCUUAAUUGUGUUAAUUUUGAUAUAUUGAUUCAUACUGGUGAACGUGAAGAACAUGAACCUUACAUUGAAGCAUCUCAAUCACAAAUGGUGUAUUAUGUGGAUGAUAUUAUCAAUAAAUAGUGGAGUGUUGCUAUGCAUUUAAAGCCAAGAGAUUUGUACGAUAUGAGAGAGGUAAUCGAAGAAGAAGUAUAUGAGAAUGAACCAUACGAAGCGCAAGAACUCGAAUAGUUUUUUGUUGAUGGUGAUGAUUAUGUACAGCUUGCUACAGAUCACAUAACUGAUGAUAUAGUAGAGUCAAAUGUUGCUACUAAUCAAGAAGCAGAUGCAAUGUCUGACUGAUUUUUGCGACUUAUGUCGAAGAAGGAGUGUGUUAGCCUCCUCUCCUUCUUGCAGUUACGACAAAUAUCAGCUGGAUAAACUGUGCUGGAUUUAGUGGUUAUUGGAUGUGGUCCUGCUGGUCUUGCUCUUGCCGCUGAGUCGGCUAAACUGGGGUUGAACGUGGGGCUCGUUGGGCCUGAUCUUCCUUUCACAAAUAACUAUGGCGUCUGGGAGGACGAGUUCAAUGAUCUUGGGCUUCAAGCCUGUAUUGAACAUUUUUAGAAGGAUACCAUUGUAUAUCUUGAUGAUGCUGAUCCUAUUCUUAUUGGCUGUGCUUAUGGAAGAUUUAGUCUCCAUUUACUGCACGAAGAGUUACCCAAAAGGUGUGUGGAGGCAGGUGUUUUAUAUCUUAACUCGAAAGUGGAUAGGAUUGUUGAGGCUACAAGUGUCCAUAGUCUUGUAGAGGGCGAGGGUGACGUUGUGAUUCCCUGCAGGUUUGUAACUAUUGCGUCUGGAGCAGCCUCGGGGAAAUUUUUGCAGUAUGAGUUGGGAGGUCCCAGAGUUUCUGUUCAAACAUCUUACGGAGUGGAAGUUGAGGACCAAUUCAAGAUUGGAUCAGAAAUAGAAAUUCCAAACAGCAUUUGCUUGAAUAAUUACACUCAGAAAAGAGAUGCUCCAUGGUUUCGGGAUAGCUGUCUCAUAGCAAGCAAGUUGUAUUUUGGCAUAAUCCCAUAUGAGUUAGCUUUACUUUCGUGAGUAAUCUUCUGCGCAUUGCAAUCCAGGAGAUAAAACUAUGUUUUGGGAUGUUUGUUGUGUUCCAUACCUCUCUCCACCAUUAUUUUUGUGGUCCUUCUCCGAGCCUCCAUUUAAAGCCACUACUAAUAGUAUACUGCCCAUUUGGUUUGAGCCAUCCGUUACCCAUGUAAUCGGGAAAUGAAGAUGGACAGCUGGCACAUUCUAAUGAGGAUGAGAGCACCCAAAAAAGUUUCUUGUGAUCCUGUUGCACCGCUGGAAUUGCCUCAUUCUUUGCAUGCCUUUCACUGUGUUUCUCCAUCUGAUGAACUGAACGUGGAAGGUUUCCAUACAUUUCAUGGAGGGUUCUGGAAUUACUUCAGCAUGGGGAUGGAUGCACAAGUAUCUUAUGCAUUUCACUUGGAGAGAAAAAUGAACCCUGACAAAUUCAGAAACCAACUUGUCAAUCAGGUUCUGAGGCUCAGUCCGGGGUCCUGCUAAGCAGUAGAUUGGUGUUUCAGAAGUUUACAGUUAGUGAGCCUCCCUUAUUUCGAAAGGCCGUGUUUAUGGAACAGUAUUACUUGAUUUUAGUUCAUGGUCCGACUGGGGGCCUUGUCACAGUUUUCAGACAUAUUGUUGUUUUCAGUUGUAGUAGAGAUUUCAUAGACCUGUGUUAGAUGGUUCGAGUUUUAUUAAACUUAUGUUUUCAUUACUCAGUUGAGAUAUUAAAGUGACCUUGUUUUUGUUUGUUU